AUGCGUGUGGUGCUGUCUGCUCAGCUUCUCGCGGGCCUUGUCGCGCCUUUCGCGCUCGCAUUAUCUCCGCGCACGGAAAUCGCCGAUUCGUACGAUUUUGUCGUGAUCGGCGGAGGUCAGGCUGGCCUCGUGCUUGGAGGACGCCUGGCAGAAGAUACAAACCACACAGUGUUGGUACUGGAAUCCGGUGGCAAUGGAGAUGAAUAUCGGAAUCGAAUUGAUACCCCGGCAUACUCAUAUUUCGACUCCCUUUGGACAACACCGUUGAAUUGGGGCUUCUAUACCGUCGCGCAACCCAAUGCAAAUGAUCGUGAGAUCUACUGGCCCCGCGGGAAAGUGCUGGGUGGUAGUUCUGCCAUCAAUGGGCUGUACAUGACUCGGCCGGGCGAGAAUGAGAUUAACGCGUGGCAGAGUAUGCUGGGCGAUAUGGACGGUGCGGAGAACUGGUCGUGGGACUCUUUCUAUUCUGCUAUGAAGAAGAGUGAGACUUUCUCGCCGCCAACAGACGAUGUCAAGACACAGGCGGAUAUCACAUGGGAUUCAUCCACGCACGGUAGCGAUGGUCCGAUCCACGCCUCGUAUCCUGGAUUCUCAUUCGACCAAGUCGGCCAAUGGUCAGAAGCUUGUGCAAACAUCGGCAUCCCCAUCUCCGACGAUAUGUACGGAGGCUCAAACUGGGGUGCAGAAGUCUCGACAUCCUGCAUCAACCCGAGCAAUUGGACCCGCUCGUACAGUCGAACCGGCUAUCUCGAUCCGCUCCCUGAUCGUGGCAACUAUGAUGUCCUAGCCAACGCGCACGUCACACGCAUUAUCUUCGACAGCUCGUCCAACCUGACCGCCAACGCGGUCGAGUACACGCCUGACAACGGCACGACGAAAAAGACCAUCAGCGUUACCAAGGAAGUCAUCUUAGCCGCGGGCUCUAUCGGUAGUCCGGCAGUUCUUCUUCACAGUGGAGUUGGACCGAAGGAUGUCCUCUCCAGUGCUGGUGUUGAUCUUGUCCACGAACUUCCUGGCGUUGGCCAGCAUCUCCAGGACCACCUCAGCGCUACCAUAAAAUGGACCACAGACGUCGAAACAGCCGGAUCAAUCUUCUACGAUAACGGCAGUGAAAGGAACAACCCCCUCUUCCUAACCUACAUCGACUCAGCCGUGGCCUACGUAAACGCAAGCAACAUCUACGCGGAUACCCUACAAUCCGAACUAACAAGCAUCCAAUCGAAAAUGGACUCCUGCGCCCCAAACACCACUUACGAAGACACAGUCCUGGAAGGCUACAAAGCCAUCUACAACACGACGGCCAAAAUAUUCAACAGCCCCACCGGCCUGGUCGAACUACUCUUUAUGAACAGUGACGGAAAUGGCGACGUCGGCAUCACAGCUGCCCUUCAGCACCCUUACUCCCAUGGACGGGUUUAUAUCAAUUCAUCAGAUCCGAUGGAUUAUCCCGUCAUCGAUCCGAAUUAUCUUUCCAAUUCCGCCGCCUCGGAAACACAACCCCCCCUGUCAACAAACUUCACCUCCGAAUCCUCCCCAGGCCAAUCAACCCAAUCAGACACCGACUGGGAAUCCUGGAUCCGCAAAAACGCCGGAACAGAAUACCAUCCUUCCUCAUCUUGCGCCAUGCUCCCGCAAUCCCAAGGCGGCGUCGUAGACGCCAACCUCCGCGUCCACGGCCUAAAGAACGUCCGCGUAAUCGACGCGAGUGUCCCGCCCAUCGCGCUUUCAACGCACCUGAUGGCGUCCACGUAUGGCGUUGCGGAAAUUGGGGCGGCGGUUGUUCGGGAGUUUUGGAAUGAUGGUGUGCAGGGGGCGCAGGUUGCUUUUAGUGGGGGUGGGAGUUUGACGAAUUCUUCGUCUGCGAGUGCGAGUGCAAGUCAGACGGGGUCGAGGGGGGGUUGA